AUGACAGCUGUACAUCUUCGGAUGAUGGAGUCCAGCAUCCCCCUGCAAAUGGGAAUGGAGCAGCCCAUCAAGGCUCCUGAGUCUGUAUCCACUAUAAUUACAGCAGAAUCAAUCUUUUAUAAGGGUGUAUACUAUCAAAUUGGAGAUGUUGUUUCAGUGGUUGAUGAGCAGGAUGGAAAAACAUACUACGCUCAGAUCCGUGGGUUUAUUCAGGACCAAUACUGUGAAAAGAGUGCUGCGCUAACCUGGCUCAUUCCUACGCAAGCCAGCCCCAAAGAUUGUUUUGACCCAGCAUCCUAUAUCAUAGGACCAGAAGAAGAUCUCCCAAGGAAGAUGGAAUAUUUAGAAUUUGUUUGUCAUGCACCUUCGGAAUAUUUCAAAUCUCGAUCAUCUCCCUUCCCUACUGUUCCUACAAGACCAGAGAAGGGCUAUAUAUGGACUCAUGUGGGACCUACUCCUGCAAUCUCCAUUAAAGAAACUGUUACCAAUAAUUUAUAAUUUUUUAAAGGAAUACUUUGGAUGAGUUAUUUUGGGUGUAUUCUCAGGUCUGUGAACCCCAUACAAGAAGUUUAAAAAAAAAAACUAUAAAAUGUUCAUUUUACUUUAUGGAUUAUGGUAUUUAUUUAUUUUAAAUUAUAUCAGAUCUUAAAGUGGAAGUUUUCUUUCCAUUUGAUGCGUCAUUUCUGUGCUCUGAUCUUCAGACAUUAUUGCUCAUUUUGGGACAAAACCACAAGUUUCGUGCCAUCUUCGACUUUGGUGAGCAAAUAAUUGACUUCUGAAAGUUGCCUUUAGUGUUCUUAUUUUCUAACUUAUUUUCCAGAAAAGGAGUUAAAAGACGUACUCUUAAUCAUCCAGCUCUUCAUAUACUGGUUUAAUUUAGUUAACUGUGACUGCAGUUUUUGUUUGCUUCAUAAAUAAUUUAAGACUACCUUCAAAUAAACACUAAAC